AACACAACAAUAUGUGCAAGAGGUCUGCGAUCUAAACAGCGAAGGCUGUGAUGGUGGAAAGCCAGCCUGACCCACAGGAACGUAAACGUGUUAUAUCACAAUCACACCAUUCCUGUAACUUAUUCGUAGGGGUCGCUGGAUGCACUGCGAGCAUCCAGUUUGUAUCUUCCUCUCUCACCCAAACUUGACUGUUCCUAAGAAAUGAUUUCAGCAGACGUCACUCAUCUGCAUAGGGGAGUAAGAUGCAACCAUCCUGCGAGCAGGCUCCACGGAACCUGAAAACCUCCGUGUCUCUCCCAGGGAAAAAAAACACCCCCGGAGCCGCUGACUGCUGCAUACAUCAGACUGCAGACAUGGAAGGAGUAGGAUGUUACUAGCAUCCGCCGUGGUGGUAUGGGAAUGGCUGAACGAGCACGGACGCUGGCGGCCGUACAGCCCGGCUGUCUGUCACCACAUCGAGGCGGUCAUCCGGAGCGACCCGCGGGGUGGUAGCGUGGUCCUCGGCCAGGUGGACUCUCGUCUCUCUCCUUACAUCAUCGACGUGCAUUCCAUGCACCAGUUCCGACAGGACACAGGUACCCUUCGACCAGUACGACGUAGCUUCUACGAUCCCUCCUCAGCACCAGGCCAAGGCUGGUUGUGGGAGUGGGAGAACGACGCCGGCAGUUGGAUCGCAUACGACACAGAAGUGGGCAUCGCCAUCCAGGCAGCUCGUGAUCGCCAGCAGCCCUGGCUAGACCUGGCACCACUGGGGUUUUGCUACCUGAUCGACUUUGAAAGCAUGACCCAAAUCAAUGGACAGACGCAGCGCUGCCGACGAAUCCAGAGACGCUCCGACCUGGCAUACCCACUGGUGUCCGGACCCUUACCAAAGUCUCACCAUGCGUGGGGGCCCGCAUCCAUACCCGGCUAUGGAGGACUGCUCAGCGUUGACGUUUCCGGCGUAGGCAUGGGGAUGAGGAUGAGCAGCAGUGGGACUGGAAACGGGAGCGCCUACCCAAGCGGGGCGCUUCCUGCUUCAGCAAUCACCUCUUUAGGACAACCCUGCGCCUGUCAGCAGUGUAUGUUGGUGCUAAGUCUCAAAGCAGGAACAAUGCCCACUGCCCACACUCUGGGGCGAAGACCACCGCAGACUAAACCACCCAGUCCCAAACUAAACAGCUACCCCAUCCCAGGAAGUUCCUAUUCUCUGACUCUCCCCCGGCCCCCGUCGCUGUCAUCAAGAUCUCUCUCUCCCCACAGGACUUCUGGAUUUGGGGCGACUGGUGGUUACAAUGUGACUGGUGUGGGAGGUACAGGGGGGCUGGGUGUUAUUGGUGCUGGCGGUGUCGGCAGUAACACCUUCGGGUUUGGAAGUAGCUUCACACACUCGUUUUCCCUCCUCGGGCCAGCUACCGCCGCUCUCUCCAUCUCCUCCACCCGUCCCCCACCUCCUCCUCUCCCACCCCCUCCCCCACCACCUCCUCCGCCCUCUACAGUGCCCAUGUCAGCCGCCAUCCCUCCACCUCAAACCUCAGCUUCCUCGUCCCUCUCCGUUUCCUGUUCGGCCCCCACGCAGCCAACCCCAGCCCCGGCUCUCAUCUCCACAGCAGCCUCCACCUGCACGCCGUCGCCUUCUGCCCGUGUUCUCGGUCCAGUGUCUUCAUCUGGUGCCGCUGCCUGCGCCGCCCCCUUGCCGCCGCGGUCUAGCCUCGCCGGUCUGAGUCGUCCUGCCCUGCAGCGUAUCGCCAUGGCUCAGUCGCGAGCUCUUAUCGCCUCCGGAGUGCCGACCGUUCCAGUAAAGAACCUGAAUGGGUCCAGCCCUGUGCAUCCUGCCCUGGCAGGUAUUACAGGCAUCCUGAUGAGCGCAGCGGGACUUCCUGUCUGCCUCACCCGCCCGCCUAAGCUGGUACUCCAUCCCCCGCCCGUCAGCAAGAGCGACAUCAAGCCCGUGCCCGGCUUGGGCCACUGCUGCCGCAAGACCACAAAGAAACAAGCCCGGAAAGGCAAGACACCAGAGGAAGUGGUGAAGCGGUAUCUUCAAAAAGUCCGUAAUCCUCCAGAGGAGGACUGCACCAUCUGCAUGGAGGCCCUGGCGGGGCCUUCGGGCUACAAGGGUCCUGGCGUGGGCGGCAUCUCCCGGGCCGAGUCGGUGGGCCGCCUGGCGCAGUGUGGUCACCAGUACCACCUCCAGUGCCUCGUCGCCAUGUACAACAACGGCAACAAGGACGGCAGCCUGCAGUGCCCCACCUGCAAGACCAUCUACGGGGUCAAGACGGGCAAUCAGCCCCCGGGCAAGAUGGAGUACCACGUCAUCCCCCACUCGCUGCCGGGACAUCCCGACUGCAAAACCAUCCGCAUAAUCUACAACAUUCCUCCUGGCAUCCAGGGCCCUGAGCAUCCAAAUCCAGGAAAGCCGUUCACGGCGCGUGGAUUCCCCAGACACUGUUACCUCCCUGACAGUGAGAAGGGCCGCAAGGUUCUGAGACUGCUCCUGGUAGCAUGGGACCGCAGGCUCAUCUUCUCCGUGGGCACGUCCAGCACAACCGGCGAGUCUGACACGGUGAUCUGGAACGAGGUGCACCACAAGACCGAGUUCGGCUCCAACCUGACGGGCCACGGCUACCCCGACCCGGGCCACCUGGACAACGUGCUGGAGGAGCUGAGGGCUCAGGGCAUCACAGAGGAAGAGUGUCUACCCAGAGACUGAGCGGACAGAUGUUCGGAGGCCGAACGACGCGACGGAACCGGAGUGAGGACGGAGUCCUUUGAGCUGCCGUCUGGCAACGGGAACAGAUUGACUCUGAAUUAACAAUUGCUCGAAGAUACUUUGCAGGAAUGGUUUCAGCUUCUGAUGACUGAGGCAGAUUGUUUCUGUUUGGAUGCAGUAAAGAAAGCAUCAAGGCCACAGGGCUUGUAUAAGUCCAUAAUAGUUAAAAAAAAAAAAAAGCUACAUCAUUUUUUUUCCCACUGAGACUUCACGAGAGAGGCUUGAUGAGAAUGUAGCUGAGGUAUUCAGUCAUUUUGAGGUGUUUACUGCUGCUGCUGCUGCUUUGCUGGACUCAGAGAGGAAUUUAAGUGAGAGUAUAUGUCGUUUCUAUGUUUUUAAGUCUUCGUCAACAAAGCAAAACAUUUCAACUUGAGAUAAAUCAAGUGUCCAACAGGAUAUCUGAGCAUGGAUCUGUGCUGACCUCUGGUGGUUAUCUUCGGAACUGCACUCCCUUUUGUCUGAUUUUUCAAAUGUAUUAUAAUAUUACAAAUACUUGAUAUUUGAUGUUGGCUGCAUUCAUUAUUGUUUUUGUAUUUUAUUUACCAUAUUAUUUUAUUGUCAUUUCAUUGUAUUGUUUUAUUGGCUUCGGGCCAACGGUGUGCUGAUGUACAAAAGUGUAUUUUCUUUAUAAACCGCCAUUUUCGGGAUGUUGUAUUUGGUAAGGUUGCAAACGGACAUUCCCUAACCAGUUGUUCCUCAGAGUGCGUUUGCUUUUACGAGCAUUCUGUGUCUUGUUGUUCAGGACUAAAAGAGGAAAGCCUUGAAUCGUGGAUUAUAGCCCCUCCAGGAGGAGCAAAUUCCCCCCCAAAAAAGGCUAGGAUUUAGACCCCCCUGCCUCACGUCAGAGUUUGCACAGAGCUUUCUACUUAGCAUCAACAGAAAACACCAUAGUUUGCUUCUAAGGAUUUCUGUGUGUCUAAGACACAAAAGAGACACCAGCCUUUAGUCACACUACAGAAUGUGGUCAAUGUUUUUUUCUUUUUCUUUGUCAUGAUCACUUUUUUAUCACGAGAAGGUGCAAAAAGACUAUUAAUGAAGUGGACUCUGUUUUGGCCAAAGUCAGUUUGCAUUCAGUGGACUGUUUUACUGUGAGUUGUAACGGAGAUGUGUGGGGAUAUACUAAUGUGGAUCAAUAUUUAUACUUUAUGAUACUUUAUGUAUGUGUUUUCUGUGCGGAAAUUUGAAUUGAACUGUUUUCUAAGAUUUAGACAGCAAACUGAUGUCUGAUGUGGUUUACCCUUAUUUUGUACAAACGCUACGAGGACUGCUCCAGGAAUGGGGCUUGAGAUUACUUUUUAUAGGGAGACUUAUUGUAAACUCUUCCAAAAUGGCUUACGGGAUCAUACUAAAUAUCCAUGGAAGAAGGUCCAUUUUGUGUGUGGUGAACCAUUUUCUUUGACGUGCCAUUCGUUUUGGUGCUUGAUUACCCUAGAAAACCCGGUGAUGACACAUUUUGAAUGUUCUGGCCACCAGAUUUCUGUUUAAAACAUCCAGCCUUUUCCAAUCACUGCAACACAGACAUUCUAACAAAGGGUCCAUUGGGCCUUAGAAGAGAAACUAAAGUGGGCAUGAGGUAUUCGAUAUGCCAAAACCUACCUGGAGUGUUUCUUUCCAAAAAACAUGAAUCUUAGACUCAUCUCACCUCUUAUAGAUCCUCCUCCAUACGUAACAGUGCGGGGAUCUUCAAAUCCAGUUUGAUCGGCAAUUUUCUUCAUGCAACAAGAAAUUUGAUCUCAGUUUCUGCUUCGCUUUCAUUUAAGACAUUUGAAGUACAAUAUGCAAAAAAGAGGUGUAUAGGAACAUUUUUCUUGUGUUUAUGAGCAUAUACAUUUUAACAAAAUACGAUUGGAUUGGUAAAAUUAAGCAUGAUAACAUGAUAAUAUUGUAGGUACAUUGUGGACUUUCUGUUAGGUGGCAGCUGGUUUUAGCUAAUAGCGCCAAGGUGAACAUCUUAAGCAGUUUAUGUGGGAAUCCUCAGAAAUGUUAGCUGGCCUUUUUCUGGAUGGAGGAAAGGUCAGCCCUGAUGAUCUCCUCCCUCUCCUCAGACCUAAUUGUUUGUUGUGGAUGAGCCAAACCACACAGUGGCAUCGCAGAAGAUGAUCAGUAGCUCCUGAGGAAGGUUGUACUAGGAAGUACAAUCUCUGCCGGACCUUCUUCCAGACAGUGUCUAUGUGUGAGGAUCAUCUCAGGUCGGGUGGUUCCUAGAAACAGGAAGUGAUCCACAGCAGACACACUGUUGUUGAGGAUGGUGAGGGGAGGCGGUGUGGGAGAAGUUCUCUGGAAGUCCACUAUCACGUUUUUCAAAUAUUCAUCUUUUGUACUAUGCAGGACCCACAUAGGGUAUUCCCCCCCAAAAUCUUCAUCUAUAGUCUCAUUUACGACGGGCCCACAGCGCCACAGAUCCUUUACUGUAUUUAACUGAAGGGGGUGAAGUGCUUUUGAACAACAUCCAUUCAGUUAAAUCCAGUUUAUGUGUACAUCACCUAUUCACAAUACAUUUCAAGGCGCAUUAUUAAAAAAAAAAAA